AUGGCGUCGGCCGCAAGCGACGAGAAGCUUCGGCGGGAGCUCAAGCGCCUGGGCUUCUCCCCCGGGCCGAUUACCGACAGCACCAGGUCCCUGUACGCCCGGAGGCUGGAGCAGCUGCGGACGGAGGAGAGGCUGGAGAGGGUGAGGGAGCGGGGCAGCAGCCUGGCGGCGAGGAAGAGGUUGAGCGCCCCGGGCUUCCUCGGCGCACCGGCCCGGCAGGCCCAGGGCGAGCCUCGCGGCACCUCGAGCUACACCGGCACCGGGCUCCGCCUGCUGGAGGACGAUCGCUGGGGCGGCGGGGAAGCUGAGGGUCCCUCGGCCGAGCGCCGCGACGCGGGGACACCCGGCGGCCUGUUCGCGGGCGGCUCUUCCCUGGGGCCGUGGGCGGACACCGGCCGCACCCGCUCGUACGGGGACGGCUGCGCCGAUCGCUACUGGGGGCCGUUGGGCCAGGAGUACGCGAGCGCUCCGAGCACUCUAACCGCCGGGGACCGCUACACGAGGCCAUCGGUUGACGACGACGACGACGACGAUUACAAGAGCAAAUACGGCCCGUUCGCCGGCGACCGUCUCACCGGGAAAGCCGGCGGCCCGUUUGCCGGACUCUCGUCCGCGCCCCCCGGACUCGGCCGUUUGUCUGGGGACGAACCGGAUGGCGUCCGGCAAACGCCGAAGGGGAAGAGCCGGCGGGACCGACUGGAGCUGCACCUGUCACGGUUUCUGUGCAUCGCCACCUGUCUCCUCGCGCUUGUUCUGCUCGGGUUGGUCUGCGUUAAGACCUUAGGGUUAGCCGAAGGUGACCAGGAGGACGGCCGUCGAAAGAUUAAGAUGUUACCAAUGGAUUGCAACAAUAAAACUGACGCGUUUUGCCAAUCCGAAGAAAAUAAAGUCUUGAUGGCAUUAUUGUCUCAAAUGUAUGAUUAUUUGGCAGAAAGAGCAGGUGAAAUUGAAUGCGGAGACCACUCACCAAUGAAACACAAGUGUAUGCUGGUCGCUGAUGUUAAGAGACACUUAACAAUUAUAAAUUCUAAUGCUCACAAAUUUGAUGUUGCACUUCAGUGGAUCAUUCAAAGUAAAUUGGACAUUGGAAUUAGAUUAGUUGGUGAACACUCUGAGACAGUAACUUCCUUAGAUUUGGUAACGUGCUUGGAAUCUACUCACCCUCAAAUGACUUUUCUCUGUCGUCUUAAAUUCGCACUUUUUGCCAUUCUGAACAAAAUGUUAAUCUUUCUCUUGGUCUUAGGUGUUUUGUGGAUUUUGCUGCUAUUUCUGAAGUACAGUUCGAAAAAAGUGAAAGAACAACAAGACGCUGUGUAUGAAAUGGUGAACAAAAUCAUAGGUGUCAUACAUGCUCAUAAUCGAGACUGGGAAAGGAAUUUGGAAUUGAUGCCUUACAUACCCAUCCCACAUGUUCGUGACACUCUGAUACCUCCCGAAGACAGGUCACACAUGAAGAAGGUCUGGCAGAAAGCUGUUAAAUUUCUUGAAUCGAAUGAAUCUCGGAUUCGCACUGAGGGACAGAGGAUAAACGGAGAGGAUUUCUUAGUGUGGAGAUGGACUCAGCCUUCGGCAUACUGUGACUCGAUUACUUAAAUAAGAUCCAGAGGAAGUCAGGAUUGGAUUCCACAGUAUUCCAUGAAUACUCUGUUGGGUGAUUGGGGCUAUUGCAUGUACUUUCAAAGCAAUAUAACAAAGAUCAAGUGUAGUAUCUGGUCUUAUGAGUUACUCCUUGGGCCAUGUGCCUGCAGCUGCUUUUCUUUUGAGGUGUGGACAUGUUUAGCGUUCCAUGAUCUGAACUUCCCUAUAAUGUGUUAUGGGAGGUUGAGCUUCUGUUGGGAGAGCUGUGCCCUUGGCCUGCUGAUGGCACGAUCGGGAUUGACAGAGGCCUGACCUGAGGAGUUCGAUUCUCCCUCACAAAGAGGAGCAGAGAAAAUUGAAUGAGGAACUAGCUAGAGCCCUUGGCUCAGUCGCAAGUCUCAGGCCAGGCUUGCCCGGGCCAGAGAGAUGAUCUGGUCAUCUGACUUGCUCGGGUGGUCGUGAGAAAAAGAAUCAGGUCCGCGUUGUCCUUUGAUGAAUUGGGACUUCGUGUUGGGGUGGGGGUGGAAUUAGGAUCAUCUGAGUAACAACUCCAGUUCCCAUUUGAGCAACGCAAUUCGUUUUAAUUUGACUGAAUGGGGAUGAGUGCAAUCUAACCUUGUUCAGCGAAUUAAAAAUACCUAUAAUUUGGUUCAUCCAUUGGCGGGUGGCAAGCACACGCCAAGUGCUUUGUAGAUCAUUCUCAGCCUUUAUUUUUCAGCCACAGUAAAACUUGCGUAAGUCAUAUCAGUCGGGACUAUAACAUUUAAUAUGACGCAUCUGAAGUAUGAGCUGCAGGCAAACUUGCACAAUUGCUGUAUCAUAUACAACUUGUGCAAAGUAAUAAGUAAGUUGGAAUUUACACAACUAACACCUAACAAAUACACUAAAGAAGUACAAGUUUAGUGUCACUAAACUUGCAUUUAGUUGCACCUGUAUUGCCUGAUGCAACAAUGGCAAGUCAAGGACUUAUUUCAACGGUACACUAUUGCGUAUGCAGUAUUUCAUUACUGUAGCUGGUAAAUUGAGUGAAUUGUCUUAUUAACAGUGUUAAAAUCUGCAUUUUUUUUAACAUGACAAUGCCACCUCCAUUUAUACAGCAACGUUUCAUGUCAGAAGAACAUAUCAAAGCACACUACAUUGCUGGCUGGGCAACUUGAGAUAUCUUGACAUGGGGGCGAGAGUCGCGGGGGAUGGGGAAGGGUGGGGAGGGUAAAGAUGACCAAAAGAUGUAUUUUGAGAUGGGCCUUGAAGAAGGGGAGGAAGGGAGUCAGAGGGUUUCUGGAAUGGAGUUCUGGAGAGCAGGGGCAGAAUGGAUGGAUGCCUACCUCCCGAAGGUGGGCUACAGGAGAUGAUGCAGGAACAACGGAGCAUCUGGUUCAAUGUGGUUGAAUGUGAUCACAGGUGGUGGGGUGGGAUGGGGAGAGAUUGGAAGGAUUUGAAUAUGAGAAUGAGGAUCUUGAACUCGAUCCACAAUGGAGGUUUGGGAUUUUUAAUAUUUUAAUGUAACCAAGGGCUGUCUGAGUUUAUUGCUUCAGAUAAUUUUAUACUAUGUCCAAUGAAUCUGCAUACUGUUUUAUUAAUCUGUUUUUAUUAAAUAAAGUUCACUUAAAAAGAA